AUGACUAAGAUAUUUGGAAAGCAUUAAAAGUUUCAGGAUUAUCAGACUUUACUAAAUAAUUUUCUAAUGGCUUAUUAACAGAUAUGUGAUGUUAAUUCAAUAUUCUCUUUUGGUUAAAAAUAAUUAAUUUUUUUUAGCUAGAAUUUUAUUAUAUAAAAGAAGAUUAUUGUAUUAUAUGAACCAACUACUAAUCUUGAUAUGAAAACAGAUGAUUUCAUUUAAAAUACAUUAAAAACUAAAUUCUCAGAUUGUACAUUAAUUACUAUAGCACAUAGAUUAAAUACAAUUGCUGAUUAUGAUAAAGUUAUGGUUAUAAGUGAAGGAUAAGUUAUUGAAUUUGAUACACCAUUUAAUUUAUUAGCUAAUUCAUUAGACUCUAUUUCUGUUGAUAAAAAUACUGAAUUUUCUAGAUUAGUAAAAAACACAGGAGAAUAAAAUACUUAAGCCAUUUUUGAUAUUACCAAAUCAAAAUAACUAAAAAGAUGA